AUGGAUGAGAAGCCUUCUACCAAGAAAGGUCCAGGUUUCUGCUCAUUACGCUAUGGACUGGCUUUCAUCAUGCACUUCUCAAACUUCACCAUGAUAACCCAGCGAGUGAGUCUGAGCAUUGCAAUUGUCGCCAUGGUGAACAACACUGAGCAGUACAAUAUAUCUAACUUCUCCGCAGAGAGACCACUUGAAGACACUGCAAGUAAUUGCAGCACAUCUAUCAAGGAAUUUAAUACAGGGGCCUCUGUUUACAAAUGGAGUCCGGAAACUCAGGGUAUCAUCUUUAGCUCCAUCAAUUAUGGGAUAAUGUUGACUCUGAUCCCAAGUGGAUAUUUAGCAGGAAUAUUUGGAGCAAAGCAUAUUCUUGGUGCUGGUUUACUGAUCUCUUCUCUUCUCACCCUCUUUAUACCAUUGGCUGCCAGCUUUGGAGUGACCUUUGUUAUUGUGCUUCGAACAGUACAGGGCAUGGCCCAGGGAAUGGCAUGGACAGGUCAGUUUACAAUUUGGGCAAAAUGGGCUCCGCCAUUGGAACGAAGCAAGCUCACCAGCAUUGCAGGAUCAGGGGUAGCAUUUGGAUCCUUCAUCAUCCUGUGUGUAGGGGGACUAAUUUGCCAAGUUUUGGGCUGGCCUUUCAUUUUCUAUAUUUUUGGUAGCAGUGGCUGUGUCUGCUGUCUUCUGUGGUUCAUGGUGAUUUAUGAUGAUCCCAUACAUCAUCCAUGCAUUAGUGCUGGGGAAAAGGAACACAUUGUGUCCUCACUAGCUCACCAGUCCAGUUCUUCUAGACGAUCCAUUCCAAUGAGGGCUAUGGCCAGAUGUCUACCACUGUGGGCCAUUUUCCUGGGGUUUUUCAGCCAUUUCUGGUUAUGCACCAUAAUCAUAACAUACCUGCCAACGUACAUCAGUUCUGUACUCCAUGUAAACAUUAGAGAUAGUGGAGUUCUGUCCUCCUUGCCUUUUAUUGCUGCCUCAAGCUGUACGAUACUAGGAGGUCAGUUGGCAGAUUUCCUUCUAUCCAGAAAUCUUCUCAGAUUAAUCACUGUGCGAAAACUCUUUUCAUCCCUAGGGCUCCUGCUUCCAUCCAUCUGUGCUAUGGCCUUGCCCUUUGUGACUUCCAGUUACAUGACAACCAUUACCUUGCUGAUACUUAUUCCUGGGACCAGCAACCUAUGUGACUCAGGGUUUAUAAUCAACACUUUAGAUAUUGCCCCCAGAUAUUCAAGUUUUCUUAUGGGAAUCUCAAGAGGAUUUGGGCUCAUGGCGGGAAUCAUCUCUUCCACUGCCACUGGAUUCCUUAUCAGUCAGAAUUCUGAGUCUGGAUGGAGGAAAGUCUUUUUUCUGUCAGCAGCUGUCAACAUGUUUGGUCUGGUCUUCUACCUCAGGUUUGGAAAAGCAAAAAUCCAGGAUUGGGCCAGAAAGGAGACCAUCACUCGACUCUGA